AUGACAGAAGAAUUUGUUCAGACGAAAUGUGAUUACCUGUGUGGGAAGUCAACUGCAAAACUGUGGGGACUCUCAUCAGUUGCCAAGAGCAAUGGACUACUCAAUAUCACCUUUAAAUAUGACAACUGCACGCCUUAUCUGAAUUCAGUGGGAAAACACGUGAUUGGAGACGUGCAGAAUAUCACCAUCAGUCAGUAUGCCUGUUACGAACAGGUUGCGGUGACAAUGCUUUGGACGGCAAAUGCCAUCGGAAUUGAAUACCUGAAAGGAUUUCGAGUAAUACUUGAGGAGUUAAAAUCAGAGGGAAGACAAUGCCAGCAGAUGGUUUUAAAAGAUCCAAAGCAGCUCAGCCCCAGUUUUAAACGAACAGGAGUGGAAUCCCAGCCCUUUGUAAAUCUGAAGUUCGAAACAGAUUAUUUUGUAAAGAUUGUUCCUUUUCCUUCCAUUAAAAAUGAAAGUAAUUAUCACCCAUUUUUCUUCCGAACUAGACCUUGUGAAUUGUUGCUACAGCCAGAAAACCUUGUCUGCAAACCUUACUGGAAGCCGAGGAAUCUGAAUGUUACCCAGCAGGGUUUUAACAUGCAAGUGUCCUUUGAUCACGCACCUCACAGCUUUGGGUUUAGAUACUACUUUCUUCACUACAAACUUAAGCACGAAGGGCCAUUUAAGCAAAAGACCUGCAAACAGGAGCAAAACACAGAUACCACAAGUUGUAUUCUUCAGAAUGUAUCUCCAGGAGAUUAUAUAAUUGAGCUGGUUGAUGACACUAAUACAACAAGGAAAACAAUGCACUACGCGCUAAAACCAGUGCAUUCUCCAUGGGCUGGACCAAUAAGAGCUAUUGCCAUUACAGUCCCUUUAGUUGUCAUUUCGGCGUUUGCAACGCUUUUCACAGUGAUGUGCCGCAAGAAACAGCAAGAAAAUAUAUAUUCACAUCUAGAUGAGGAGAGCUCAGAAUCUUCAACAUGUGCUGCAGGUCUCCAUGUGGAAAGACUUCGUCCCCGGCCAAAAGUUUUCAUCUGCUAUUCCAAUAAAGAUUGCCAGAAACACAUUAAUGUCAUCCAGUGCUUUGCUUAUUUUCUUCAGGACUUCUGUGGCUGUGAGGUGGCUCUAGAUUUGUGGGAAGAUCUAAAAAUUUGUAAAGAAGGUCAGAAAGAGUGGCUUAUUAGAAAAAUAAAUGAGUCCCAGUUUAUCAUCAUUGUAUGUUCCAAGGGAAUGAAGUACUUUGUUGAGAAAAAGAACUGGAAACAUCGAGGGGUAACCAAAGAUGCCGGAAAAGGAGAACUCUUUCUGUUUGCUGUGUUGACUGUUGCAGAGAAGCUUCGUCAAGCAAAGCAGAAUUCAAAUGAUCUGUGCAAGUUCAUUGCAGUCUACUUUGAUUACUCCUGUGAAGGAGACAUCCCUGGUAUUCUGGAUCUAAGUACAAAAUACAAACUCAUGGACAAUCUCCCUCAGCUGUAUUCACAUUUACAUUCCAAAGAUCUUAGUGUACAGGAUUCAGAGGCAUUUCCUGUUAACAUUAGUAAGAGGAAUUAUUUCAGGAGCAAAUCUGGGAGAUCUCUUUAUGUUGCCAUUUGCAGUAUGCACCAGUUCAUUGACCAGGAACCAGAUUGGUUUGAGAAACAAUUUAUUCCAUUCCCUCCACCUGCUUUACAUUACUCAGAGCCUGUCAUGGAAAAAUUUGAUUCAGGAUUGGUUUUAAAUGACUUGGUGAAUAAACAAGUGAUGGAUGGCGAUUUUUACCUAAAACCAGAUGUAAAUAUUAUUUCAGCAGGAAAUUCAGACUCUCAGUGUAUGAUUCAGCACUUAAACCUCGGAGAAGAUACAGAAACUCAGGACAAUCGGGGUGGUGGCAGCUCUGUUCUCCAGCCGUUGUUACAUGCUGUUAAAGCUUCACAUCUUAAAGAUAUGCCUCGAGAUUCUGGAAUCUAUGAUUCAUCUGUUCCUUCGUCUGAAUUAUCUUUACCUUUAAUGGAAGGACUAUUGACAGACCAAACUGAAACAUCUUCCAUUACAGGAAGUGUUUCUUCAUCAUCAGGUUUAGGGGAAGAAGAACCUCCUGUAAUCACUGCUACAAAUUUUUUAGUGCCUGGAAUAUGUAAAGCAGAACUUCAUUGCCAUCUCCGUAGCGGCGAGCUGCAGGCAAUUGCUCCUUUGUAAUACAUCACAACAUUGUUAUGCAUUGCCACUUUACCAACAGCCUCUGUUUGUGCUUUAGCUGCCACACUGUCUCAGCACUAAAUCUACUUGAAGGAACAAAUACUUCCUGAAGAAGAUCUGUUGUUCCUAAGGGAUGUUUUUGUGGCCAGUAAAUUUGAAUAUAUUGGUCUUUUACAGAAAGCCUUUCAUGAUCUGAAAAAUGCAGCAUGGAAAAAUAGAUGAGACUGCAUUUCAAAAUUAUUCCUCUUAUGAAUU